CGCGAUUUUCUUCACUCUUUUGGAGGAGCUGUGAGCUCGAUCUCAUCGCGGAGAGCGCACCACCAAACGAGAUGAAGAUGCCGAGCUGGUCCCUGGCGGCGUCUUUCAUCCCCGUGCUGUUGGCACUCGUGCAGCUCCGCGUUCACUCCAUGUCUGUGAGGCGUCCACACUCGGCAUUCAUCCCUUCGCCAAUGGAGAGGCAAGUGAUGCAGAGGAGGCAAAACGGACUGACGCGGGCGAACGUGGAGCCGUCAGAGAGGAGAAGGCGGCACGUCCUCCCCGCAUCACCAGCAUCCAGACGCGGCAGAUUCGAUGAGGUGGCGGCUUCGGCGUUCCUGCUGUUCGGCGGACUCUCGAUGACUCCCGCAGCUGCUGAUGCCGCGACAGGUGGAAGGGGCGGAGGCAGACCUUCUGGAUCGUCGGCGGGCCGGUCAUCAAGUGCUGGGCGGAGCGCCUCGGCGGGCAAGGCCAGCUCCGGCGCAGCACGGAGCGUCAGCCCGAAGGCGGCUGCGCCAGAGCCCUCGCGGACGCCAUCUUCCCCUCCGCGGCCAUCUGCUGAAAAGACGCCCUCUUCGUCGAGCCGGCCACCGUCUGAGAGUGAGUCGAGCAUCAGCAGAAGCGAGAAGCUGAGGGAGGACACCAAGUCGGCAGAGCAGAAGUACCAAGAGCUACUCAAGAGCGACUCGUUCGGUCCAAAGAAGAGCGCCACCACGCCCUUACCGGCAGCCCCUGGAGGCGGUGCAGCACCCGCACCGGCGGCCCCUGCCCCUGCAGCCCCGGCCGCUCCCCCCUCCGGCCCUACCAACAUCUAUGUGCAGCCUGCCCCGACAGUGACCUACUUCGGCGGCCCAUCCUUUUUCCCUUUCUGGGGGCCGCCAGCGCCUGUGUUCCCCAUCCCCGUCCCUGUGCCCGUGCCUGCGCCUCAGCCAAGGUGAGUGGACGGACGGAGUGGCAAGACAGACAGACAGACAGACGGACGGACAGUGGGCCGCUGGCGCAUGUGAUAAUGGGCUCAUGUGUGUGUCUUCAGCGUUCGUGUUGAAGAAAACAUCAUAGUGCGGAAUGUGACGGUCGACACGCGCUGAGGAGACAGGAGUGUGUGCACGCCAGUACGUAGCGUCUUGGUCGUCCUGUGCAGUGCUCUUUCAUGCCUAGCGCUCAUGCAGUAGCUACUCUUGACUCUCUGUGCAGUCUGUGUCGAAUUCACCCCGUGUGGUAUAUCGCAGUUGUGCUGGUCUGUUCUGGGCGGUUUUGCAGCCGAGUUUUUGGACACGUGAGGUGGAUUGGGCGAGGUGAUUGAUGGUCCUGAAUGAUGUGAAUUUCUG